CAGACCUCCGCCAGCAUUGGGGUCCUGCUAUUUUGCGCUCGCACUACAAUAAGAAUCGUAUUGGCUGCUUAGGGUUGUCCAGAUAAUUCAUGCCAUGGGCUGGAAGUCUGGGGGCUGGCUCGACCAAAUCGGCUCUAGGGGAGAGGGAGAGGAGGGGGUGGGAGAAGCAGAACAAAGCCGGCAUUGUCUCCUGGGAGUUCCAUAUUAUGCUCGUCGCCUGACGGGGGAAAAAACCUUCAAGGGAGCAUGGUGCCGGCAUCAUGAGGUUUCAGUGAUAUGGUAUGUGCUACUGGUCUCUCUCAUCUGCUCUGCCUAUCUACUUAUGACCGUCAUCUAAUGUUGCAGUAGGAACAUCCAGCCUGAAUGACUGAUGUUACAGAGCUAGAUAUCCCGUUCUGUCUACUAGCGUGUGUAUUUAACCUUUGUGU